UCCAGGCCUCCGGCUGCGCAGUCCGCGGGCACCAUGGACCACCACGAGUUAAUUGAGUACUUUAAGUCUCAGAUGAAAGAAGAUCCUGACAUGGCCUCAGCAGUGGCUGCCAUCCGGACUUUGCUGGAAUUCUUGAAGAGGGAUAAAGGGGAGACCAUCCAGGGCCUGAGAGCAAAUCUCACCAGCGCCAUAGAAACCCUGUGUGGCGUGGACUCCUCCGUAGCGGUGUCCUCCGGCGGGAAGCUCUUCCUCCGCUUCAUCAGCCUUACCUCCCUGGAAUACUCCGAUUACUCCAAAUGUAAAAAGAUCAUGAUUGAGCGGGGAGAGCUGUUUCUCAGGAGAACCUCACUGUCGAGAAAUAAAAUCGCAGAUCUGUGCCAUACUUUCAUCAAGGACGGAGCGAGAAUACUGACUCAUGCCUACUCCAGAGUGGUCCUGAGAGUGCUGGAAGCAGCCGUGGCAGCCAAGAAGCGCUUCAGCGUGUAUGUCACAGAGUCACAGCCUGAUUUAUCGGGUAAGAAAAUGGCCAAAGCCCUCUGCCACCUCAACGUCCCCGUCACCGUAGUGCUGGAUGCUGCUGUUGGGUAUAUCAUGGAAAAAGCAGACCUUGUCAUUGUUGGUGCGGAAGGAGUGGUUGAAAACGGAGGGAUCAUUAACAAGAUUGGAACCAACCAGAUGGCCGUAUGUGCCAAAGCACAGAACAAGCCUUUUUAUGUGGUUGCAGAGAGUUUCAAGUUUGUCCGACUCUUCCCACUAAACCAGCAAGACGUCCCAGAUAAGUUUAAGUAUAAGGCAGACACUCUGAAGUCUAUGCAGACCGGACAGGACCUCAAGGAGGAGCAUCCGUGGGUCGACUACACCUCCCCGUCCUUAAUCACCCUGCUGUUUACAGACCUGGGCGUGCUCACACCCUCAGCAGUCAGCGACGAACUCAUCAAGCUGUAUCUCUAAUCCCGGGUCCUUUCCUGCCAACAUCCAACUGAACUAUUAACGAAGAUUUGUGGACUAAAGAUUCAGAAUCAUAAAUCUCGGAAAAUCCUUUUCAUUCUCAUCUAAAAUGUGUUUGUGGUUCUAAACACAACCUGAAUCAUGCUUAGUUUCCAGAAAUACCCGUUAGAUGAUUGGCUACUUAACUGAAGGAAGAAGACCUGCCCAGGUCCAGCCCCCUCAGCUUCCCCUGCACACCAGACUGGCCAAACACAGGUGUUUCUAACCAGAGCCAGGCACCUCUGCAAUAAAUGACCAACAGCCGUCCAGGACACACCUGAAAAACGGUGCCCGUGUCCAGGCAAGACCCUUGUUCAGUCUGCAUCUGGCUGCCAGUGGGGAACACAGCCAGGAGCUGCAGCUCCUCGCAGGAUCAAACCACAUGGAGUGCAAACUACCAGGACAGUAGGCAGGCAGGAACAGCCCUGGGCAGCAUGCCUGCAUGGCUUACCACUUAUGAAGGUGCCUCCUGGGGCAUUUGAAAACUUAAAUUCUGUGUCCGUAAAAGAUGUGCAUUUUAACUGAACCCACUGGGGUUCUAAUCAGCUUUGUAAAAUUAUACUUGGGAACAAAUUUGGCGUCUUUUUAAAUAAAUUAUAUGACAGAU